AGUAGAUCAAUGCUUCCAGGUUGACGAAAAUGGAACGGGGGGCAAAAUUGAACGGUUUGGUCAUGAAAAGAACAUAUUUUGCGGAUAUUCGAUAUCCGUUCCGGAGGAUAAGCUCGUUAAUAUAUAUUUCACUGAAAUGAAAAUGCGACCCUACUUCAAAAGCCUGUAUGAUUAUUUGGUCUUCAUUGAUGGCCUCGAUUGCAUGGGUCCCCGAUUUGCUUCGGUGACAACUGGGACUCGACGCAUAUUCUUCUCUCCUCACAACCGAAUGACGCUGUUGUUCGUUGCAGGCAACCCAGAUUCACUUGCUGAAUUUACAUUCUAUUAUUCAGAAGCGGAGAAAGAAGAUCAUGAAGAAUAUAAAAGAACAACUACUGAAACAGAUGAUCCUAACUAUCUGGAACUACUAAGUGAGUUGUUAGACUACGGAAACCUUUUAUGCGUUGUCAUUUUUAGCUAUAUGCUUUAG